CCCAGUCUAAUGCUGUCUCUAUAUGCUCCAGUUUAAAGAAACAAACCAGUACUUCAUGAUGAACACCAUGGAGCCCAGCCUGAGUAUCGACUACAUGGACAAUCUGACCCUCAAUGUGACGCCCAGUGACAUGAACAUGACGAGCAUCACCCAGAUCAUCAUCCCUCAGGAACUGUUCCUGAUGCUGGGCUUGAUAAGCCUGGUGGAGAACAUUCUGGUCGUUGCAGCCAUCAUCAAGAACAGAAACCUGCAUUCUCCGAUGUACUAUUUCAUCUGCUGCCUCGCCGUGUCUGACAUGCUAGUCAGCGUGAGCAACGUGGUGGAGACGAUGUUCAUGCUGCUCACGGACCACGGCCUUCUGAGUGUGACGGCAAGGAUGCUGCGCCACCUGGACAACGUCAUUGACAUCAUGAUCUGCAGCUCUGUGGUGUCUUCGUUGUCCUUCCUGUGCACCAUUGCAGCAGAUCGCUACAUCACUAUCUUCUAUGCCCUGCGUUACCACAGCAUAAUGACCACGCAGCGUGCCGUCACCAUCAUCGUGAUCGUUUGGCUGACCAGCGUCACCUCCAGCUCGCUGUUUAUCAUCUACCACACUGACAACGCGGUCAUCGCCUGCCUUGUGACCUUCUUUGGUGUCACACUGGUUUUCACAGCAGUGCUCUAUUUGCACAUGUUCAUCUUGGCGCAUGGGCACUCCAAGCGCAUCAUGGCACUCGAUAAAAAACGGCGCCAGGCUACUAGUAUGAAAGGUGCCAUCACGUUGACCAUCCUGUUGGGGGUUUUCAUCAUUUGUUGGGGUCCAUUCUUUCUCCACCUGAUCCUAAUCCUGACGUGUCCAACAAACCCUUAUUGCAUGUGCUACUUCAGCCAUUUUAACCUCUUCUUAAUCCUCAUUAUAUGCAACUCUCUUAUAGACCCUUUGAUUUAUGCAUAUCGGAGUCAAGAACUGCGAAAGACACUUAAGGAAAUUGUUCUGUGCUCUUGGUGCUUUGCUGUGUAAGAUUCAUUGAGAGAGAAAAAAACAGACUGGACAGUUUACACCUAUAAAAGCCGAGAAUAUGACGGAUAGACAUUUGACUGAUAAAUUUCAUUACGGCCUUCGUUAUUGAUUUAUUUCAAGGAAUAAAAGAAUGCACAUAAGCAAACUGGACUGAAGUAAAAGGACCCUUUGGCUGUUAGAGAACAUGGUGUUCCAGUGACGAUGGCAUAAAUACCGAAGGUUGGAUUCUUACAGUUCAGCAUCAGCUCUGAUUAAAUAUAACAAAUUGAGUUGAUUUUUAACCCUUUGAUGCAAAACAUGGGUCAAAAGUGACCCGGCUGGGUUUUUAUCUUCUAUAUCUUUGCAAUAAAUUAAUUCCAUCAUUCAGUAUUCAAGGUAUUCCUCAAUUAACUUGUUUUUGAUCAUCAUGCAUCCUUAUUUUAUUUUUUCCUUUCUUACUUUUUGAAUAAAAACCCUUUUUGUAUCA